UCGUAUCCUAUAACACUGGGUCGAUACAAUAAUCUGAGUCGGUUUGCAAUUAAAUUUACUUUUACUUUCGUUUUCCACUACUGAUACAUUGAGAGAAGCAUAGUGUGUAUAUUUUAUACCAUAUUCACAGAUUUAACAGGACUAUAUAAAAUAAAAUCCACAGACGUGAGCAAUAUAUACUGUUAUUCAACAUAUUAGUGAGGACUUAGCCGAAGUAUUUUGCAACUUCGUGCGUUAUAUGUUCGAGAACUGCAAGGCACUUUGAAGACGGGUUUUCAUCAGAUGAUGUACUUGUGAAAUAACACUGGUUUCAAUGACAACACUGGGCGAGGUCUUUUCCGAUCGCGAAAGCGCCAACUGGCUAAAGGCAUGGAUUGCAAUAGAUAUUGCAAGAACUGGAAUUCGGAUAUUUGUGAAUGAAGAGAUUCAGAACUUACAGACACGCAUUUUACAAAAAGUUCGAAAAAAGUUAAACCUUCAAACGGAUGCUGUUUGUGCUGUGUGCUGCACUUCAAAUUUAUUAAAAUGCCCAACUCAAGGCCUUUGCAGAAGAAAAUGGAUUCAAAACUGCAACACCAUGCAUAAUACUCCUGAAAAGCAACCGCGACCAUGCCCUAUGCAAAUAUGCGAUGACAUAAAAGACGAAAUUGUAGGAGAACACCGACACGGUCGUCCCUCCUGGAAGAAUACAUCAGCGGAGCGAUGGGCCAAUAAUCAUUGGGAAAUUGCAAAAUGUUUCAUGCCUCCAGAUGGAUAUGACAAGAUAACGUCAAUCGAUGACACGGAUUUCAAUGGCAUUCUCAGCAUUUUAUUAAACUGCAAAAUGUUUGAAAGCAAGUUUUCAUUUGGAAUAACACCACCGAACACAUCGCAGCAAUGCCUUCUCAAUCAGGCGCGCGAUGUUUGCAGACAUGUUCGCCACUUAACUACCUAUAAGGUUACAGAUGUAAAACUUCAGGAAAUUUUUACCACACUAACAUCUCUGCUGAGUGACUCGACAUAUUUGGCACAGCAGACAGAUGCACAAGCAGCGGUCCAUGAAUUAACACAGCUACAAAACGACACUUUAAUGAUUUCUCUUGCGGAAAAAGUUCGCCAUCUGCAAGAGGCAUUGAGACAUGUUAAUCAUGUGACUGAAGAGUCAGUGAACGAGCUAAACUCAUGCAAAGAUCAGUGCAAGCUUGAGUUAGAGGAAUGCACGCAAAGGUGUAUGAAAUUACUUAAGGAAACCAGCGAAAAAGCUGACCAAUCGAAUUAUGAUCAAGCGUUGGCAGAUCUAAAAGAACGUUUGGUGAACCAUUAUAAAAAAACGGUCGCCCAUGUGCCAGUCAAUCCGUUGAUGCCAGCUCAUGUCAAACCAUUGACGGACAUUUAUGUUAAACCAAAACUACACAAACUAGAAAGAGAGAUAGAUAAUACUCAAAGAAAAGUUGAAAUUUGCUCAUACAAAGAUGUUUUCUACAAAGGCAAAACAUUCGCCACACAAAUAUUUCUACAAGGUGAAGCUGGCACGGGUAAAACAACGUUUGCUGCAAAGUUAGUACUCGAUUGGUGUAAUACAUCGCCGUCGAUUAUCGACGUUUAUCCCAACGUGGAAACUCUGCGAGAAUUUGUUUGUGUAUUUCACCUGAGGUUGACAGAUUUGCAAGAUGAACGUAAAGUACUUAAAAUGAUUAAAAACCACAUAAUAAAUAUGAUUUAUGAAGAAGAAGAGCUCAACGAUGCCUAUUCGCUUUUACGAACAAUCCUUAAAAAAGAAAAAUGUCUAGUUAUAGAGGACGGAAUGGACGAAUGGUCAGAUAAAAUGGGUCAAGUGGCUUACCCUGUAAUGAUAAAUUGCCAGCACCAAUGGACUGUCUUCAUUACAACAAGACCGUGGAAGUUGACAGACGAACGUAUUAGAAACGUGGACAUAGAUUUGCUCUUAGAAUUGAAUGGUGUAGUAAAUCCGUAUUUACUUAGUCAUAAAAUAUUGGGAUUCUUUGAAAAUAAUCUACUAUAUAUUGAAAAUCAGGAAUUCAAACGAUACAUCAGAAACAACAAACUGGAUGAAGUCAUACUAUCGCCGAUGUUGCUAGCACUGUGUGUGUGCUUGUGGAAAGAUAAUACGUACAAGAUAGGGUCGUCUUGUGAUAUAUAUGCUACUAUGCUAGACAGCUUAUUUAAGAAAGUACAUAACAACGUCGACUAUUUUGAAACGCCUCCCUUUCGAUGCUUUUUGAACACAAAAUAUAUCAAACUACAUAUUGAAGAUGUGAAUGCUCUGUCACGGGCAGCCUUUUAUUUGUUGUUCGCACGCGAAAAGGAAAAUAGCCUGGUGUUUAGCGAUAGAGAACUAUUGAACUAUAUUUCUAAUGAACAAACACUUUUUGCACUGAAGGCUGGUAUUUUGUCCGAACGAAAAACUUCUUCAUUGACACACACGUACUCUUUUAUCCACAAGAGUGUGCAAGAAUUCUUUGCUGCUUACUUUAUCGCUGGUAAUAUAUCCGUGAUAAAUUAUCAGAUCCUACCAGAGUAUCUUAUCAGAUAUCCCAAUCCUUAUGCUGAUUUGUCUCAGGUAUUCAAGUUUGUGUGUGGAAUGAACACCGACGCGGGGUAUGAACUAUCGUGUUUGAUAGAUAGGCAUUGUCCUUUACCCGCACCAAGACUUCUGCAGGACAUUGUCGUCGCUGGUUAUAAAGAGGCCCAGACUAACAUGGUGGUAGACUGUGGGCUAAGAUUGAGUCAUUUUAACUUUGUAGAUCAAGAGGAGACUGUCGAUGGCGCUUUAGCUCGCAUCUUUAUGAGGAACAUUCAUAACGUUCGCUCGCUUUCAGCUUUUUGUUAUAUAUCUCCUGAAAUUGUGGACAUCAUUAGCGACGCAUUUCAUCUGUCCGCAGAAAUUCUUACCCACUUGACUAUUUAUGUUGAUGUGGAUGUUGAAGAUUGUCAAACUCUAGACUUGUCGUCGUGUCACAAUUUAGAAUCGAUAAGUAUUACGGGAAACGUUUUUCUAGUUCCGAGUAAGCAAUAUGUGCUUCAAACACUAAAAUACCUGAACUUACAUUGUUUCUGUGAGUGUUUGGACUUAUCCAAUUGCCAUAGUCUAGAAACAUUAUCACUUGGUGAACACGUGACGCUAAUGCCCGAUAGGUUAUGUGAACUUACAAAACUAAAAAAAAUAACAAUACAUUGCAACUGUGAUUUUGUAGACCUGUCUGUGUGCUCUAAGUUAGAAGCUGUGGAGAUAAAAGGAACAAUAACUGUAAUACUUAAUGCUCCAUGUUGUUUUCGGCAUUUAAAACACAUUGCACUUACAUGCUCGGUAGACAAUCUGGAUUUGACAUCUUGUCGGAAUUUAGAAACAGUCUUUCUCCGAGGAAAUGUAACAUUGUGUCAAACUGCACUUCUUGGAUUGGACGAUCUGCAAAGAAUUUCAUUACUGUGUAAUUGUGAUGGCAUUGUCCUGUCCUCAUGUCGUAAUCUUCAAUAUAUAGUAAUUGUGGGAGAUGUAUCAAUUUUACCAAAUCAAUUUCAAGAGCUAACGUAUUUAAAGCAUCUUAUGUUAUGUUGUAAUAGUGAUAUGUUGGACCUAUCGUACUGCAGACGACUUGAAGCUGUAUUUAUCAAAGGAAACGUAACUCUGUUCCCAAAUUCAUUCACUGGGUGUUCGAACUUACAGCGGAUUAAAUUACUUUGUAACUGUUCGAAAUUAGACUUAUCUUCAUGUGUCAACCUAGAAACUAUAUAUAUUUCCGGAAAAGUGAAUGUAUUACCAAACAGUAUGCACAAUUUAAAUAAGCUUAAAAAACUAAAACUUGUAUGCGAUUGUGAAAGGCUGGACUUGAUCGAUUGUUAUUGUCUUGAAACUGUAGAUAUCAGAGGAGAUGUAACAUUGCUACCAAACGCAAUUGAUGCGUUAACAAACUUGAAGAGGAUAAAGUUAAUGUGCAAAUGUGACGGAUUGGAUUUGUCUUCAUGUUCAAAGCUCGAGGCCAUAUUUAUCAAAGGUGAAGUGUCAUUGUUACCACAUGCAUUGGUUAACCUGCAUCAUUUACGUCGACUCUCAUUAAAUUGUAAAUCCGAUGGGUUAGCUUUGCCAUCGUGUUACUCCCUAAGAACAAUAUAUUUAGAUGGAGAAGUAACACUGGAACGGGGUACAGUGCUUGACCUUUUAGAACUUAAAAAUCUUACACUACGUUGCAGAUGUGAUAUGCUAGAUUUGGCACGGUGUCCAAAUUUGGAAACAUUAGAUGUCAGCGGUAAGGUAAACUUGGUUGCAGGGUCAAUAGUUAAUCAACAACAUUUGAAAUACCUGUCACUUCGUUGCAACUGUGACGAGCUGAUAUUUCCAUUGUUAGGCAGUAUGAAAACAAGUUUAAUACGCGGAAAAACGAACCAUCAGUAAAAUCGUGAAUGGAGAUAUAAUUGUAAAGUAUUUAAUAGCAUUUAACAGUACCAUGCAUGACAAUAUCGAAAGAGCUCAGCUUCGAUGUUUAUAUAUGUAACCCAUUACUGACAUGUCUUUACCAAGAAACCUACCGACGCGUUGUUGAUAAAAUCAUUUGUAAAGCGAAAGGGAAAAAUGAAUUGAAUUAACGCUGUAAGAAAUGUGUUUAGUUUAAAAAUAUAAUACGGAACUUAAUAUUAAAAUGACAUAUCAUAUAUCUUGUUCAUGAUUAAGGCCAUCUUAAAUUAUAUCUUUAUCCUUUGUUUUAUGUUUAAUGUCAAAUUGGGAAAAUUUGAAGUAGCGCUAUUAUUUUGUUUUUCUUAUUGAUACAUAUAUUGGGAAACAAUAUAAUACAUGUACAAUCCAUUUUUUGGAUUGAUAAAUUAAUUUCAGUAUACCAAAAUUUCUGGGAAAUUCAUAUGUAAUUGAUUUUGUUUUAAAAUAAGGUUACAGUUGUUACACUGUUUUGUCGGGACACUUUCAAAAAUAAUAGCUCAAGUGAUUUUACUUUGCAUUCACGUGAGAAGCUUUCUUGUAUUGUGUAGUUAUACAGUAAAUUGAUUUUUGGCGAGAUGUGUCUUCAGAACUCUCUUCAAAAAUAUUGAAGACACUGAAACACUGUGUAAGUCGUAUAUUGGAAUAUUGUUUGUAUAUUUGUAAAAUGAUUCACUUGUGUGUAAAGAUAUAUGUGCAAGUUGUUAUAAGUUUGGCAUUUAUUUGAUUGCAUCUGUGUGACCAAAUAUUCGAUUCUAAUGUAUUGGAUUUGGAUCUAUAUAAUAUGGCUCAAGUACCCAAACUUGUAAAUAUACUGUGUCAUUCAAUAAGCUGAGGACGUUUAAUUGCGUUCGUCUUCGUUGUAUAAAACAUGAUAUCAAGCGUGUAAAUGACUUUGAAUUGUUUGACUUGUUAUAUAACAAUAUCCUUUCUAAUUGAAUUUUUGCUAUUAUUGUUCUUUAUUUACCAUAUGUUUAAUGCAUUUUACCCAAAAAUCAUAUUGCUGUAUUUAAUUUAUUGAACCAUUCAUAUCUGCAAUUAUGUUCUUACAUAUGCAAUAUCUUCAAAGCAUUACUAGUAAGAUAUUAUGUCUAGGAUAAUGGCAAGUGAAUUGCUUUUUGGUACUGGUGUUUUAAUAUGUGUAUGUCAGUAAUUUCACAUGUGCGAGGGCUGUCUGGAAAUUGUGGUCACAGAUUUAUUUCCUAACCAUGUACUAUAUUUAACUAUUUUAUUUAUUGUAUUUAUUUUAAAGAAAAACACAGUGCCUUGAGCAUAAACACGUGUGACGCAUAAUAAAAUUAAACACUUAAUACCCAUGCAUAAAUACCGAUACUCUAAAUGCUCUAUAUAGUUAACUGAAAUGUUUGUGUUACAUGUUGCCGCUUUAUUUGCGUAACUGUAAAAUGUGUGUUCAUACUCACCAAAAGUGAUUAAAACGUCCUUUCACUGA